AUGUUGACAAAUCGUCGCUCCACCAUGAUGGUUCCGCCCAACCGCAUGCCAAGCUGGCACCCUCAGUCCAAAGGCACGAUGCCACAAAACGUCUAUGCCGCGCCCCUCACAACCGACACUGAGGCGCCAACAAGUCGCCAACCCGCCAUCCUCACAUCAACAUCAUCAGACCUACCCGGCCACCGCGUUCUCCGUGUAUUGGGCGCCGUACAUGGCACUACGAGCGCCGUGCGCAAAGACAGCAAAUCUUUCAUCAAGAACAUCGCUGCCAACCUCGGCAGUAGCUGGGGCGAAGCAAAGACCGUAACGAGCAUAAUAUACCAGGCGCGUGAUCAGGCAAUUGACAGGCUGGUCAAGGAGGCGAUUUCUCAAGGUGCGAAUGCAGUCAUUGGGUUGGAAAUUAGGGAGAGCGAAGUACUCGGAUGUAUCGUGGUCAGCGCUAGCGGUACCGCGUGUUGGGUCGAGAAGGAAAGCCAUGUCAAGAGGGACAGUGCACAGGACAACAUCAAUCCAUUUCAAUGA